GCUUCUUGUCCCUCACUCCCACGAAUCAGACGGCGAUGGGAACGAACGAAAUGCGGGAGGUGCACGUCGCUGGCAGCAAGGACAAUAUACGCAGCAGCAAGGACACACAGCCGCUGCUGCCGACCGCGGUGUCGGAGGCAAAGCAACAGAGUGGAUGGACUGGGAAGGCGUAUCUACGCUUGCUGGCGUUCGUACUCGCCGCGGCUCUCUUUGGGCGGAGCGCGCUCUACUCGAGCCAGGCGGAGAGGACGCUGGCGAUCGAGGCGUCGGCGAAGGCGUACUGCGCGCAGCCAGAUGCGCUGUACCCCACGAAGAACGCGGCGCUGUAUGACGAGCUCGAUGGCACCUUCGGCACGCCGAAGCUGAAGGAGAGAGCGAUCGACUGGCUUGGAGGGGCGAUUCGCGUGUCUACCGAGACGUACGACGACCUGGACGAGGUUGGGCAGGACCCGCGCUGGGAAAAGUUCGGGCCGUUCCACGAGUACCUUCUGAAGGCAUUCCCUCUUGUACACUCCUCCCUCAAACUUACAAAGAUCAACACCUAUGGACUUCUGUACGAGUGGCCCGGCACGGACGACUCGCUUAAGCCUUUCAUCCUGCUCGCGCAUCAGGAUGUCGUCCCAGUGAACCCACAAAGUGUAGAUGAAUGGACGCAUCCACCCUUUUCCGGGCACUUUGAUGGCGAGAGGAUUUGGGGCAGAGGCGCUAGUGACGAUAAGAGCGGGCUCAUCGGGACCUUGGCUGCCGUCGAGCUGCUAAUUGAGAAAGGCUUCAAGCCAACCCGCUCGGUUUUCCUAGCCUUCGGCUUCGACGAAGAGUGCGGCGGACGCAGGGGCGCGAAGCAAAUCGGGAAGUACCUCCUCGACAAGUACGGCGAGGACUACUUUGCGCUGCUCAUUGACGAGGGUGGUGGCUACGUCGAACAGUUCGGCACGGUCUUUGCUACGCCGGGGAUUGCGGAGAAAGGCAGCAUCACCAUCCGCUUCGAGGUCGACUCGCCGGGCGGGCACAGUUCGGUGCCGCCGCCGCAUACGUCGAUCGGGAUUUUGGCCCAGCUCAUCGUGGCUUUUGAGGAUCAGCCGUAUGGUUCCACUUUGGUCCGCGACCACCCCAUCUACGCCGACUACCAGUGCUACGCCGAGCACGGCAAGGAGCUCGACGCGUCGCUCAAGGACCUGAUCAAGAGGUCGGCGACGGACGAGAAGGCGCUGAAGGAGCUGGAGGAUUAUGUCUUCAAGACGAACAAUUUCCACAAGGCGUCGCUGGGGACGACGACGGCGGUUGAUAUCGUCGGCGGCGGCGUCAAGUCGAACGCCCUCCCCGAACAGGCCUUCGUCGUCAUCAACCACCGUAUCUCGACCAGCAGCAACUCCUCUGCCAUCCAGGCCGGCGACAUCGCCCGCGCCCGCCCCAUCGCCGAGAAGUUCAACCUCACCCUGGAGGCCUUCGGCGAGACCCUUUCCGACUCUGCGUACCCGUCCUUCGGGAAACUGGUCAUCGGCUCCAAGGACCAGUUCUUCCUCGACCCCGCGCCCGUCACGCCGUUCUCCGCGGACUCGAAUCCGUGGAACCUGCUCGGCGGGACGAUCAAGGCGGUGCACGCGGCGCAGGUGGGCGAGGAUAUCGUGGUCGCGCCGGGGGUGCCGUCGGGGAAUACGGAUACGCGGUUCUACUGGGACCUGACGCCGCAUAUCUUCCGCUACAACCACCGGAACUCGGGCACCGGAGGGGGUCUGGCGUCUGGCGUGCACACCGUCAACGAGAAUAUCGAGGCAGACGAUUUCCUCGAGAUCAUCAGGUUCUUCACGACCCUGAUUCUGAACGUGGACGAGGCGAGGGAUAUCUAGAUGCUGUAGUGAUAGUCAGUAACACGAGAAGAGAACAAAUGUACUUUCCCCUCCAAAACCAGAGCCUGACAAUCUAAUCUCUUCCCAAUG